AUGGAUACUUUACAAUCCAAUGAGGCCUACAGGAGGGAAUUUGUGAAUGGCAGUGAAGAGUUGCAACUGAUGCUGGAAGGUGAGUACUGUCAGCAUAAGAACCCAUGUACUGAGGGAUAUUGUUUGAAUGGAGGAAAGUGCACCAUGAUCACCAUAGCCAGAGUACCCCAGCGUGGCUGUGUGUGUCCUCUGGGAUACUCUGGGGUGCGAUGCGAGUUAAAUGACAAUAACUUUGACAAUCCUUGUACCAAUGGGGGGAAGUCCUUGCUCCUCCCCAACAACCAGUACAAAUGCCAGUGUGCCCAUGGAUGGACAGGUCAGCAUUGUGAGCAAGAGGACACAUGUCUGUCCAGCCCAUGUGCCAACGGUGGUAUCUGCUAUACUCUGCCCAAUCGUGAAUUCACUUGUACCUGUCCUCCUGGUUACCAUGGCUCCCGUUGUCUCAAUGACACAGAUGAGUGUGUUUCCUUCCCGUCUCUGUGCAAGAACGAAGGCGUGUGUCUGAAUACCCCAGGCUCAUAUCGAUGUAACUGCCAACCCGGCUUUACCGGCCUCCACUGUGAGAUGAUUUACGUGCCCUGCUUUCCAUCCCCCUGCCUCAAUGGUGGAACCUGCCGGCAGAUGACAGACACAACUUAUGUAUGCCACUGCCUGCCAGGUUAG